GGAAUGCAUCAUGGGUAAAUGGUGACUGAACGAUCUACAACAAAAAUGAGUCGUUAUUAUGAUGAAUGGUGAUUUGUAGAUCAGUCAAUCGGCAGUCUCCUGGAGUCGUUUUGAUGCUCUCGAACACGGCCAAUCUUUGCCAAUAUGAUCCGUGUUGUUGGAUUUCCACUAGAUAGCACACCCACAAAGCUAUAUCGUAAAAAUGAGCUUUUUGGUCUUAAUUUAAGGUUAGGGUUAGGCAUAAGGUUAGCAGUGUGGUUAAGGUUACGGCUAAGGUAAAGUUUAAAAUCACAUUCUAAGAAGAUAAAUUGUAGAAAUAGGCGGGGUGUAUGACUUUGUGGCUGUGGUAACUAGUGACGACCGAGUUGUCAUAAUCGGGAGUGGAUUCAGGGUGAUUCUCCUAUCGUACAGAAUAGGAUAGGGGGAACCAUGGCAUACUUGCGAGGCGCCCCAUCUAAUAUCCAACGCACAGAGAACAUGAAUCGUUCGCGAUUUUUGUACUGAGCCAAGAUACUCUAUUUGUAAAAAAUAAAACCAGGACAUCGGAUUAUUUCUACGCGCACGAUUUUGAUUGAAGCGGUCCAUGAUGGAGCACAUCCGAACGCCAAAGGUGGAGAAUGUCCGCCUGAUUGACCGUACGGCACCCAGGAAAGCCACGUUGGGGACGCUGUACCUCUCCGCCACACACACCAUCUUCGUGGAGAACAACCCAGAGACACGCAGAGAGACUUGGGUGCUCCACAGCAUGGUGGCCAGUGUGGAGCGGCCGCCCACCACCCCUUCAGGAAGCCACCUGGUCGUCCGCACUAAGAACUUCCAGGUGGUUCAGCUGCUCAUCCCCCAGGAGAGGGACGCCAUGGAUGUCCAGGCCUCACUCGCACGCCUCUCCCGCCCAGAGAAAUAUAGCGAGCUCUACUGCUUGUCCAUCAAUCCCAACGCCAACAAGGAGGAGCGGGAAGAGUCCUGGAGUUUCCUAGACCUGCAGGCGGACUACAGACGCAUGGGCGUGCCCAACAACCUCUGGGUCAGCACACCAGCCAACAGCGAGUACAGGGUGUGUGACACGUACCCAUCAGAGCUGUUUGUGCCAAAGUCGGCCACACCUCCCGUCAUCGUUGGGAGCUCUAAGUUCCGGAGCCGAGGGCGUUUACCCGUGCUGACGUACUUCCACCAGGAUACCCUAGCUGCUAUCUGCCGCUGCAGUCAGCCCCUGUCCGGCUUCAGUGCUCGCUCCCAGGAGGAUGAACAAAUGCUGCAGGCCAUCAUGAAGUCCAACCCGGGCAGUGACUACAUCUACGUGGUGGACACAAGGCCAAAGUUGAAUGCGAUGGCCAACCGGGCGGCUGGGAAAGGCUAUGAGAAUGAGGACCACUACACCAACGUCAAGCUGCAGUUCAUCGGCAUCGAGAACAUCCAUGUGAUGAGGAACAGCCAGCAGAAGAUCAUUGACGUGGGCGAGCUCAAGACGCCCUCCAUGGGCGACUUCCUGUGGGGGCUGGAGAGCUCUGGUUGGUUGAAGCACAUCAAAGCCGUGCUGGACACAGGCGUCUUCAUCGCCAAGGCGGUGGCGGAGGAGGGUAUCAGUGUGGUGGUCCACUGUUCGGACGGUUGGGACAGGACAGCCCAAGCCUGUUCUGUAGCCAGUGUACUCCUGGACCCUUACUACAGGACUAUGAAGGGACUCAUGCUGCUGAUCGAGAGGGACUGGGUGUCGUUCGGCCACAAGUUCUCACACAGGUACAACCAUCUGGAAGGUGAUCCUAAGGAGGUGUCCCCGGUGAUAGACCAGUUCCUGGAGUCUGUGUGGCAGCUGUCAGAGCAGUUCCCCUGUGCCUUUGAGUUCAACGAGCGCUUCCUGGUCCAGCUGCACAGACACGUCUACUCCUGCCAGUACGGCAACUUCCUGGGCAACAGCCAGAAGGAGAGGAGGGACAUGGGGCUCCGUGAGAGGACUCACUCCCUGUGGCCCCAGCUCUGGAAGGACAGAGCACAGUACGCCAACCCCCUGUACAGGGCCGACCACACCCAGACUCAGGGGAUGCUACGGCCCAACACCACCCCGUACUGCUUCAAGAUGUGGAAGGGCAUGUAUAACCGUGUGGAGAAGAGCGCGCCCCCGCGUCAGACGCCCGUCGACUUACUGACAGUCGUGAGGGAGGAGACUCAGCAGCUGGAGGAGGAGCUGACCAAUCACCAGGAGAGGAUUGCAGCCCUGAUGAAGGGGGAUCAAACUAAGGGGAACACGGGUCAGAGGAAGACCAACAAAGUGUAUGAGGAAGAGUGCAGGCCAGGUGGUCCUCCCACUGGAGAUGGCCCCGUCAGCAGCCCCCCUCAGGACUAUUGUCCCUCCCGGAGGGGGCCCCCGGGCCCGGCUAUGACCCUGCCCCUGGGCCCCCCCAAGGGCCCUGACCCCGACGACCUCUCCUCGGCUUGCAGCGACAUGGAAUCGGGCGUGGCCGACCUCAGCAGCCGCUCCUCCAGUGGCGGCGACGACAGCAGGGACCCUGACGAGGCCGUCUACUGCGCGGCCUGAGCGAAAAUGGCAAUCAAUGAUGGGUUGAAGAGGGGUUUGUCGGGGGGUUGCCUUGUUGACUAGGGCACUUUGCAUUGACAAUUGAAUAUCAGAGGUUUCUGUUUUGAUGGGGCCAAUUUGACUGGAUUUUACUUGUGAUUAUUUUGUUUUCUGUGUAGUUAGUAUCGGAGCACAAUGUGAGAGCCUGCCGGGUAUUGUGGUAACACUGGGUAGCCAUAGUGGAUGUAUGAAUACUAGUGCAAAAUGUGAACAAAAAUAUUCCAGGACCAAACGUUUACAGCAAAAAUAUUUUGUCUUAAGCUAUUAUGUUUUGAGUUACGAUGUACUGUACAUCAUUUUAAAUCAGGAACAAAUUGUUUGUACAUUUGUUUGUACAGUAGUAGGACUACCCCUUGAUAACCAAACUAUCAGAAGCAUCCGAAAUCCAUUUGUCCAUUCUGUAGUCUGAACAAGCAUAUAGGCUACAAUGUUUCCCAGUAUACCAUGGUCGUAAUUCAGGAGGCAAAAAAACUGAACAAAACGGUCAGAAAUGCUGUUGCAAAACGUUUCACUACGUUCUGCACUAAUUAACACAACCCAGAUAACACGGUCAAACAUGGCACAUGUUUUUGGAACAUUAUCACCACCCAAUCUAGUUUUAUGUUUACUGUCUCGUUCCGAUAACCUGCCUUCUCACACAAAUGAAGAAACACUGCACUUCUCAACUAGCCUGGAUGAACAGAAAUGUCAGUGUUGCCAUGACUAGGCUUUUAUUUGGUCUUGAAAUAAAAUGAAAGUUGCUGCUUAUUAGUAAUGAAUCGAGAGAUAUACUCUUUCCUUUGGAAAGCCCAUUGAACGAUGGUAACUUUUUUGGAUGGUUAUUCCCAUUGAUGUGUAUAUUUAACUGUGUAUACGAGUGCAUUCACUAGCGCUGUAGUAUGUACACUUAGGAUACAUUAGAAACUUUGUUCCAAUCUCAACACCAGCGCACCACUUAGAAUGCAUGGCCAACACAUUGGUUCAAUCUGAAUGGUAUGUGGUUGUGGAUAUUGUAGCAUUAGUUAGCCUGAGUGCCAUUCUGUUUCUGCCCGCUUGCCAACUGCCUAUAGACGGGUUAGCUGACAACCGCACGAAAACGAGGCGCGCGCUUCAAAGGGGCAGAAAGCCGUGUGUUGUAUGGUUCUGGUGGCCAGAUAGCUAGCAACAAUGACAAGAAACUGCCAUGUGGGGGAUCAUAGGUGGCUCGUUUCAGCUUGUUCUUGAUACCAUGUCUUGUUUUGAGGCGACUGAUGUCACAUCUAUGCUAAUGUGGCUAAAAUUUGCUUGCUAGCUAACCAACAACUGUAACAAUGUAUUUGCGAGACAAGUACUCAUUGUGGAACUUGAUUUAUGUUUUCACUAGACAUUGGCUGAACUAUAGUUUACAUGUUAUCAACAAUCUAAGCCAACCCCAUCUAUUUUGCCCCAUAGUUGCGCACGCAUCGGUUUUGUUGCUAAACAACCAACCUGUCUAUGAAAUUGUCAUGGCUUGACAAUGAGCAAUGGAGUUGGCAAGAGCACAAACAGAUCUGGGACCAGGCUAAGUAUUAGUUAGACUGUUGAGAAACCCAUGAGCGUCUGCUAAAUGACUAAAAUAUAAUGUAAAAUGUAUGGUCAACCUAGGAAAACAACAUGGCUAAAUCCAAUGGAUAUCCUUUCCACUUUCGUAUUUAGUGUUUCCUGCAUAUGUUGUUGUAAAUGACCUGUUGAAAUAAACUCCACUCACUGUCAAAGGGAAAUGACA